CCCAUCCCUGCCAGCUCCAGUGAGCCUCACCAGCCUCUGGGCUGGGCCCAGGAAGUAUCUUGGGCCUCCAGGAUCUCAGAGCUCUCCAGGCUGCUCCAGAACUGCAGCUGACAGGGUUUGAAAGAAGUGUUCUGUUCCCCAGGCUUCCAUCAGAGGCUCUAAAGAGCCUGUGGCCAGACCAGCAGGCUGCAGGGAUCGGGCUGCAUGCCAUGACUCCCAGUAGAAUCCUGCAAAGAGGAAAAUGUCCCCAACCUAGGUUGGACCACUAACAUUUAUCCUAGGGCAGAUUCUUGUUGUCUGGAUGACAUCAUUCCAGGGAAGACCCAGAAGUCAUCCUAUGGUUUUAUGGGAAUGAAGGUUUCUAACAUCUCCAGCUCCCUUCCCUAUGGGGCUCACAUUAAACUUGACUGCUGACCAGCAUGGGUCUACCCUGGCCAAGGCUGUGGCCUAGGACUGUGUGUCAGAAGCAUCCUUAAAGUCUAGCCAGAGAGAGCAGAGAAUUGAACAAGGGUCACUUCCCAGGUGGCCACAAUGAGUUGGCAUCCAUGCUCAGAGCUGGCCUGUGUGGUAUGUGUGGGUCCUACCAGUGGGUGUGUAUUAGGAAAAAAGUCAGUUUAACUCCAGUACCACUUGGUGGCCUGGAUCCAUGGGCAACGAUGGAGCAUUUAGAUUUGUUUAGAAGAAAGGAAGACCUUUGAGGACCAGAGACCCAGCUACAUCAUGAAUCGAGGCCCUAUCAUGUAUAGUUCUGUUCAUCUCAGAUAGCAGAUGGGUGACCUUUGGGAACCAAUGGGUAGGUGAGAGAUGGGGGCAGCAAGAGAUGCCUCAGGAUGUCUGAGCACAUGAAGAGGACCUGGUUGGAAGUGGAAAGUCAUGAGGAGGUCCCCUGUGUCCUUCUCCGUGGCUUCACUGACACCUGUAUGACCUCAGGGCUGCGGCUGGUUUGCAGGACAGUUGGGCUCAUCCUCUUAUUGAGAGUGCAGCUGUUUCCACUGCGGCAGGCAGGUGCAGAAUCAGCGCCCACAUGUGGCCUCCUCCUCUACAAGAUGGUCUGCUAUCCUAAAAGUGGCACCAGAAGUUGUACUUGACGCUCCUAGCUGCCGUCUUCUCUCUCUGCCCUGAGGUCCAGGUCAGCUUGGCAGUGUCUCAUCCCUUAUGCUGGGCAUCUCGUCAACUCAGUCACAUUGGAACAUAUGAGAGUAGGCCAGGUCAGCCCUGCCCUCCUCUGCUCUCUGCACCUCUACAGGCAUGCCUGCUAUUGCAUAAAUGCCAGAGAGGCUCAGACAUGUGCUGUGUGGGGGUCCAGAUGGAAUAGGGAGGAGCCUUUGAUAUGUGCCUUCUGAGGGUCCAGGACUUUGUUGAGGACAGCUGGAGCAAGUGGGCAUGAACCUUGCAGAAAGACUGCUGACGGACAGCACAGCCCUGGGCUAGGCCUUCGCAUGCGUCACCACAGUCAGGUCCAGGCUUGCUGAAAGAGUGAACCUGAUGUAUCCUGUGACACUGUUACUUGCAGAGCUCCAGAAGCUAUGGCUUAGAGAGCUGGCCUGUCCCAUGUGUCCUCCCAUUUCUGAGCUUUUGUUUGGUUGGGCAAAGGGUUUUCCCGCUGCCCCCUAGAAAAUAGUGCCUCAUCUCAACCAUCUUGGCCACUGUUUAGCACAGCAGGGCUGCUGGUGUAACUUGGCUGGGGAUGGGUCCGGAGCAUCACGAUUCUGCAAGUUCUUGAUGGUGAUUCCAAUGUGGCCGCUCAGGCUGACAGCCGUUGUGCUGGUGGUCAUGCCCCAGUGACAAACUGAGACCCAGAGCAGGGCAAAGUCUUGUUCACAUUCAUGUCACCUGUGGCAAAAUGAGGCCUGGGGUCCUGUGUCUCUAGCUAGACCUGCAAGCCACAGUUCUUUCUGAUAAUAUACAAGGGACCAAGCAGAGCAUGGCUCCUUAUGACUGUGGGUGGGUUCCGUGGGUGGGAGACUGCUGCUUCCUCCACCUUUGUUAAUAUGACUCUGUCCUGCUACCCCUAGCCUGUCCUGACCCCAGAUGACUCUGGGUGGUCUUGGCUGACGUGUCCUGAGUUAAGAAGGUUCCAGGAGCUGGUGAUUGUGUUUGUGUGUGGCUUUGCUUUUGGGAGCUCUUGCUAAUUUACAGACUCUUAGUUGUGUUGUCACCCCAGGGCUUUGGGGGUGAUGUUGUAGAUCGACAUCCUUAUGAAAUUACUGGUGGACCCAGUAAAGAGUAGGUACAAAGGUACUCAUGUCUUGAGUGUUAACCUGUGCAAGCUCUGUGUUAGGUGCUCUGCAUGCAGUAAGUCUCAGCCUGGGGCAUUUGGGACGCAUGGGCAGUGCUUUCAGACGUUCUAGGUAAGCACAGCUUCAUGCGUGGGUACUCCUGGUUUUGCAGGAGUAAAAGGUAAGUGUAUUAUUGAACAUUCUACACUGUACAGUAAUCUCCUCUCCUGACCCAGACUCUGAUUUCCCAUGGCGGCGUAAUUAGGGCCCUAUAGGCUUCACUCUAGUCUUAUAGAGGCCCUGUGGUCCCCAGGGAUAGUCUCAAGUCUGUCUGAGCUCAAGGCCUUUGUCCUGAGCUGGGUAUCGAAGCCGCGAGCUUUCCUUUGACUGAUUACACGCGCUUGGCUGAAAGGACUCAGAAGUAAGGGUGGAGGAACCGAGAGCUGCUGGGGCUUCUGUGAUUCUGGAAGCAUCCAGAGGUGUGGGUUGGGAUCCGAGUUAGCCUCAACACCCUGCUUCCUCCUGGGUGGAACUCUUGUUUCAAAACUAUAGCAAAAGGCAGGUAGAACCGGAAUGCUCUUUGAAUUCUAAAGCCAGAGCAAGGUCAGGUUGAAGAACCUCAGCAGAAUCAGUUAUCCUGGUGCCUUUGCUAGGGUAGCAUGUCUCUUGGUGGAUGCUCACGGGUGCCUCGCAUCUUAACUAGAAUACCACAGCAGCCACGCCAUGAGGAAGGAGCCUGUGGUGGUGCCCCUGAGGGAGAAGAGAUUGUUCUUCUCUGAACAUAUAUGUUCAGAAGUAGGGACAUGAGAGACACUGGAAGAUGGGAGACAAGUCACAGGUGACAGAAUAAGCUUUCUGUGGUUGCAACAUGAUGGACACCAGCAACCAGUGCCACAGCCACUGCAGGCCACUGUAGGCUGUGUUUUAAACUCACUUGAUGUGUGUGUGUAUGUGUGUGUGUGUGUGUGUGUGUGUGUGUGUGUGUGUGUGUGUGUGAGAAGAUGCCCAAAGAGGCUAGAGAGGGGCAACAGAUCCAUUGGAGUUUGAAUGAAGGGCAUUUGUGAAUUACCUGAUGUGAUUUCUGAGAUCCAAAUUCUAAUACUCAGCAGAGAGUUGUAGUAAAUGUCCUUAACCCCUGAGCUGCUUCUCCAGUCCCUUAAGUGGUUAAAGCUCGUGUACGUAGAUGGAACCCUCAGAAACUGGUCUGGACGGGGAGAACGAGGCAGCAAAAGCUGAGUGAACUUGAACUUCCUGGUGCUCAAGGCUGAUGAGAGGAACGUGCUGCCCCUGGCCGAGCGUAAGAGGAAGCCAAAAUUCUCCAAGGAGGAGCUGGACAUUCUGGUCACAGAGGUGACCCGUCACGAAGCCGUUCUCUUUGGGAGAGAGACCAUGCGGCUGUCCCAUGCCGACAGGGACAAGAUUUGGGAAGGCAUAGCUCGGAAAAUCACCUCCGUCAGCCAGGUUCCCCGCUCCAUCAAGGACAUUAAGCACAGGUGGGAUGACAUGAAGCGCAGGACCAAGGACAAGCUGGCUUUCAUGCGGCAGUCACUGUCGGGCCCAGGGAUCGGGGGCCACACCUACCCCAUCAUGCUCGCUGCCCACGAGAGAGCCAUCGAGGCAGCACUGCUCACCACCAGGGCCGGGCAUGGCUUCCCCAGGGCAGAGCUGGACGGAACCGACAGCCCGUCUACCAGCUAUGAUGAAGACGAGGAAGCUCCCGGGCCCUCACAGCAGCCUCUCCGGAUGCCCCUGCUGCGUCCUCCAGAGGAAGAGGCCCCCCUGGCCAGGCCCACGCUGCUCUAUUCAUCUUCCUCAGACCCAUCCAAGAUGUUGGACCCUAAGCCAGAGGUCCUGCCCCAUCCCUCACUCCAGGCCCGCAGGACCCCAGAACCACAUCCCAGCUCGCCUACCCUGGGCCUGGACUGGCAUCUCCUGCAUGCCCAUGCCCAUCAGACUGAAAUGUUCCAGAAGUUCUGCCAGGAGCUGAUGACUGUGCACCGAGACAUGGCCGGCAGCAUGCAUGUCAUCAGCCAGGCCAUGGCUGAGCUGAACAGCCGUGUUGGUCAGAUGUGUGAGACGCUUAUGGAGAUCCGAGAUGCAGUUCAGGCAUCUCAGCGUGGGCCAGAAGGGGCAGCCCCCAUGGACCACACUUUCCAGUCUCAGGCACCCCUGCUGGGCCCUACACCAGCACCCCCAGAACCAGCCCCAAUACGGACUACCAGGUCUCGGAAGAGAAAGCACAAUUUCUAACCUGGCCAGUUUGCCUAAGGAGAAGCAAUGCCGGUGGUGUCUGGCCUUGAGUUGGGGGAGUCUCUUGUGUCCAGAAACAAGACUGAUGACCGUGGGGCACAGUCGUCUCUUCACCUGGUGCAGUCCAGUCUCCUGUGCUUUCACCGAGCGGGUGUACAGGCGCACCACCCCCUUAUCUCAGGAAGAUACUCAAGACACAAGAAAAGCUGCCUGCUUGAAUGCUUGCUUGGCCUAGAAGGCUGCUCUCCUCGUGGCCUGUAUCCUGUAUCCUAUGGAGCAGGCCUUGCUGGGGCAGGGGGCAGCAUCCAACAGAAUCUUGCUUUCAACUCAGGGCUGCUGCAGAGCUGACCUCCCAGGUCCUGAUUCUGCCCUUUCUCAGGUACGUGGUCAUUUCCCGGGAGGAGAGGGAGCAGAACCUCCUGGCGUUCCAGCACAGCGAGCGCAUCUACUUCCGGGCAUGCCGAGACAUCCGGCCAGGAGAGCGGCUGCGGGUCUGGUACAGCGAGGACUACAUGAAGCGCCUGCAUAGCAUGUCCCAGGAAACCAUCCACCGCAACUUAGCCCGGGGAGAGAAGAGGUUGCAGAGAGAGAAGGCUGAGCAAGCCCUGGAAAACCCAGAAGACCUAAGGGGUCCCACUCAGUUCCCUGUGUUGAAGCAGGGCAGAAGUCCUUACAAGCGCAGCUUUGAUGAGGGAGACAUACACCCUCAGGCAAAGAAGAAGAAAAUAGAUCUCAUCUUCAAGGAUGUGCUAGAGGCCUCACUGGAGUCUGGUAACGUGGAAGCCCGCCAGCUGGCCCUGAGCACCUCCCUGGUCAUCCGGAAAGUCCCCAAGUACCAGGACGAUGACUAUGGUAGAGCUGCCCUGACGCAAGGCAUCUGCAGGACCCCGGGGGAAGGGGACUGGAAGGUCCCUCAAAGGGUGGCCAAAGAGCUGGGCCCACUGGAAGAUGAAGAGGAGGAGCCUACAUCAUUCAAGGCUGACAGCCCUGCAGAGGCCUCUCUGGCAUCUGACCCCCAUGAGCUGCCUACCACCUCCUUUUGUCCUAACUGCAUUCGCCUGAAAAAGAAAGUGCGGGAAUUGCAGGCGGAGCUAGACAUGCUUAAGUCUGGAAAGCUGCCUGAGCCCUCCCUUCUGCCACCACAGGUGCUUGAGCUCCCAGAGUUCUCAGAUCCUGCAGCCUCAGAGAGUAUGGUCUCCGGCCCCGCCAUCAUGGAGGACGAUGACCAGGAAGUGGAUUCUGCAGAUGAAUCUGUCUCCAACGACGUGAUGACGGCAACCGAUGAACCCUCCAAGAUGUCCUCUGCCACAGGACGCCGCAUCCGGCGCUUCAAGCAGGAGUGGCUGAAAAAGUUCUGGUUCCUACGGUACUCCCCGACCCUGAAUGAGAUGUGGUGUCACGUGUGCCGCCAGUACACGGUUCAGUCCUCACGCACUUCCGCUUUCAUCAUCGGCUCCAAGCAGUUUAAGAUCCACACCAUCAAGCUGCACAGCCAGAGCAACCUGCACAAGAAAUGCCUGCAGCUGUACAAACUGCGCAUGCACCCGGAGAAGACUGAGGAGAUGUGCCGCAACAUGACCCUGCUCUUCAACACCGCCUACCACCUGGCGCUGGAGGGGAGGCCCUACCUCGACUUCCGGCCCCUGGCAGAGCUGCUGCGGAAGUGCGAGCUCAAGGUGGUGGACCAGUAUAUGAAUGAGGGGGACUGCCAGAUCCUUAUCCAUCACAUCGCCCGGGCACUGAGAGAAGACCUGGUGGAGCGCAUCCGUCAGUCGCCCUGCCUCAGCAUCAUCCUGGAUGGGCAGAGUGACGACCUUCUGGCUGACACAGUGGCCGUCUAUGUGCAGUAUACCAGCAGUGAUGGACCCCCAGCCACAGAAUUCCUAUCCCUGCAGGAGCUAGGCUUCUCCAGCACAGAAAGCUAUCUCCAAGCACUCGACCGGGCCUUUGCUGCUCUGGGCAUCCGCUUACAGGACGAGAAGCCAACUGUGGGCCUGGGAGUGGAUGGGGCCAACAUCACCGCCAGCUUGCGCGCCAGCAUGUUCAUGACCAUCCGCAAGACGCUUCCGUGGCUGCUGUGCUUGCCCUUCAUGGUGCACCGGCCCCACCUGGAGAUCCUGGAUGCCAUCAGUGGGAAAGAGCUGCCCUGCCUAGAGGAGCUGGAGAACAACUUGAAACAGCUCCUCAGUUUCUACCGCUACUCACCACGCCUCAUGUGUGAGCUGCGCUCCACGGCCUCCACCCUGUGCGAGGAGACCGAAUUCCUGGGGGACAUCCGUGCCGUGAGGUGGAUCAUUGGUGAGCAGAAUGUCUUGAACGCCCUUAUCAAGGACUACCUGGAAGUGGUGGCUCACCUGAAGGAUGUCAGCAGCCAGACACAGCGGGCUGACGCCUCAGCCAUAGCCCUGGCCCUGCUGCAGUUCCUCAUGGACUACCAAUCCAUGAAGCUCAUCUACUUCCUCCUGGACGUGAUCGCUGUGCUGUCACGCCUGGCCUACAUCUUCCAGGGCGAGUACCUCCUGGUGUCACAGGUGGAUGACAAGAUCGAGGAGGCAAUCCAGGAGAUCAGCCGGCUUGCGGACUCCCCGGGAGAGUACCUGCAGGAAUUCGAGGAGAAUUUCCGAGAGAGUUUCAAUGGGAUCGCCGUGAAGAACCUCAGGGUGGCAGAAGCCAAGUUCCAGUCCAUCAGAGAGAAGAUCUGCCAGAAGACACAGGUCAUUCUGGCUCAGAGGUUUGACUCCCGAAGCCGGGUCUUUGUGAAGGCCUGCCAGGUGUUCGACUUAGCGGCCUGGCCCAGGAACAGCGAGGAGCUCCUGAGCUUUGGCAAGGAGGACAUGGUUCAGAUCUUCGACCACCUGGAAGCCAUUCCUGCCUUCUCCCGGGAUGUGUGCCGCGAAGGGACGGACCCCCGGGGGAGCCUGCUGAUGGAGUGGAGAGACCUCAAGGCUGAUUACUACACCAAAAAUGGCUUCAAAGACCUCCUCAGCCACAUCUGCAAGUACAAGCAGAGGUUUCCGCUCUUGAACAAGAUCAUUCAGGUCCUUAAAGUUCUCCCCACCUCCACAGCCUGCUGCGAGAAAGGCCGGAGCGCCCUCCAGCGGGUCCGCAAAAACCACCGCUCCCGCCUGACCCUGGAGCAGCUCAGUGACCUGUUGACAAUUGCUGUGAACGGACCGCCCAUCGCCAACUUUGAUGCCAAGCGAGCCCUGGACAGCUGGUUUGAGGAGAAGUCUGGCAAUAGCUACACACUGUCAGCCGAGGUCCUCAGUAGGAUGUCUGCCUUGGAGCAGAAGCCCAUGCUGCAUGUGGUGGACCAUGGCUCUGAGUUCUACCCAGACAUGUAGGGGGCCUGAGCUCCAGAGGCCACAAAGCCGGUGAAUAUUUUUUUAAUCUAUACUCAUAAGCUUUGAUAUAUUAUAUAAAUAUAUAUUAUAUUAUAUAUACAUAUAUAUAUAUAUAUAAACCUACACUGAAAUUUUUUUAAAGACUAAGUUAAUUAUGUCCACCAGAAGCCACUGGCAGCUUUCAGAAAGGAGCAAUGUUGGCAACUGACUCUUGUCUCCGCACUUGGCAGCUGCAGCCUCCACGGCAACUCAUCCUCACUUACACGAGCGUGUUCUGGGGCCACACGUGUUCCCACCAAACAGUCAAAGCGGCAUAAGCUAAAUGAUGAUUCUCUUGUCACUUUUAGGUGGCUUCUUCUGUUUCUGUUCUCAUGUGUUGGUAGAGGGCUGGGGGUUGGGUGCCUGCCUUCUCCUUUUUUGGUAUGGUUUUGUGGCGGGGGCGGGGGGGGGGGUGAACUUUGUGGUCUCCUCAUUGGCAUCCUGGUCCAGUUACAUUACAUCUGGGUUUCCAUGAGGGUGAAUUGGAUUUCUGGACUAGACUAUCUGGUCUUUCUCCCCUCACCUGACUUCAGCUUGGGAGAUCUUUCUUUGUUCAUUUUCUGAUUGAUUCCUUCCCUUGUCCCACCGUCAAAUGGUCAAAUGCAUCAACCUCCCUCCGCUGUGAGCCAGCUGCGUUCCCCUCCACCACCACCCCCCCCCCAUGUCGCCGCUCCCCUGUGUCACCUCUGCCAACCCUAGGUUGUCAGUUCCCUUCUUCAGGCCUCUGGAGUUUAAAGAUAUGAGCUGUUACACUGAACGUAAUUUUUUUUUUCACAUACGAGCUUGAAACUUGGGGGUGGAGGGAGGGUAAGCUUUAUGCCUCCCCCUUUCCAGCCGCUGGAGGAUAAAGUAUAUACUUCCAUUCAUAUCUUGGGCUGUUGGGGAGACAAUGAGCCACGAGAUCUAAACUCCCAACAGGACCAUGAUUCUUUUGGCUAAAUACAGGUAAAAUGAAAAGUGUAUAUUCAACUUUCACAUUGUUUUCAUCUUUAUAAUUAUGGGAUGUGUUGUGGGAUUUGUGUUUCUUUUCAUAACCAAGGAGCAGCUGUUUUGUAGUUCAAGGGCAGAGCAAUCAACGAAAGUCAUGCCCUGGGCUACCCAGAACUCAGAGAGUGCCUAGAGAGGUUUUUCCUUUUGCAAAAGGCUGAUAAUGUGUUCCUCAGCCUUGCAGGAAGGUCACAGGACACCAGGCAGUGCUUCUCUGCCUGUGAACUCUUCUUAUUUUGAGUAGAGUUGAGAUGUCCUAUAGAAUAGGAGAAAACAGGAAAUGAGGUGGGAUUCUCAAGGUACAAGCAUGUAUACAUACCUACACACACACACACACACACACACACACACACCACAUGCACAUACAUGCACACACACCACAUGCACACAUACACACACAACACAUGCACAUACAUGCACACACAUGCACACACACCACUCACACACAUACCACAUGCACAUACAUGCACACACACCACAUGCACACACACACACACACCACAUGCACAUACAUGCACACACACCACACACACUUUGCAACUACAUAUAAGCUUUAGAAAUGCCUCUCGCCUCCCCCCAUAGCGGGGAAGAGAGUGGUUUAAACUAGAGGAGUCUGACCAAUGUUCAUUUAUCUACCAGUAUACCUCGCAAAGAGUUUUCAGAAAUGUGCAUGAGCUGUUAAAAACUUCUCUCUAAUUUCCACAUCUGAUCUGUGUAGUCUGUGCAGAUCUCAGAAUGUGGAUACAGGGUUGUCUUGGGGAAGGGAGGAAGGUCUGAAGGACCUGCCCAUGGUCAGUUCUGCAGAGAACUGUCCCUCUCCUUCAGUGGAGUAUUGGGGGUUCAACCACAAGGAAAGGCCCCCGUACCCUCAACCUCCCUGGUGGGGCCUGCAGCUAUGGUAGCUUCCUUCCUUCUGGGUCUGUCUCACCUCUGAGGCCUAACAGAAAUGUCAUUAACACUGAACACGUUGCUACCCUUUCCUGGUUCUGCAGUCUGUCCGUCCUCCCUCAGAGCCUCCCUUUGCCUCCAUGGUCUUGGUGCUAAGAUAAAUUUAGAAUCAUUGCUGCUAGCCAAUAGCUUUUCAUGAUAUAAAUAUUAUAUAUAUAUAUUAUAUAUUAUUUUUGAAAUGUUUUUGUUUUCAACAGUGAUGUAGCAUGUUAAAACAAGAAACAAAACUGAACAAACGAAAAUCUGGGUCUUUCCAACUGUCCCACUGCCAGGUCUCUUAAUGCUGCCUUCUUCAACAAGUUGAUACACCCCACCUGGUGACUUUCACCCCUCAUCUCACUCUGGUCCCCAUCUUAACCCCUCACCCUCUGAGCAGGGAGAGUUAGCAGGAACUAGGUAGGAAAACUCAAAGCCCCUUGCAGAGGCCUGGGAAUCCCCCAGCCUCAGCACCCUUGCCCACGCUGAGUUUGUGUCUCUCUUCAGCUGCCCCUCCUACCCCGGCCCAAGCCUAGCUGGAGCCACACGGGCAGCUGUUGCGAAGCACAAGGUCUCCACUUGCCUCGCUCCUGCCUCAGGACCCCAUCUCCUCACAGACACAGACUUUGGUCUGGGACAAUUUUAUUGAAAAUUGAAUAGGCCGAGGUGGGUUCAGAGUAGGGAUGGGUGGCAAGGCUGGUCUCUCAUGGGCAGCCUGUAGGCAUAAACCGUGGCCUGGGCCCUUCCUUCUUGCCAACAGUUGCCUUACAUCUGUCCUUCCCAGUGCAUGGGGCUCCCUCACCCAGGAAGGGAGCUCUCCCAGAUGGUCCUAAGCCAGACAUGUAAAACCAGGACUGACCGUUCCCUCCCAAGGAGCUAUAGCUGAGUGAACUCAGGUCCUCAUCCAUAGAGACAGGUUCUGCCAGGCCAAGCCAUUGUUACCUGAGUCUCCUCAAGAUACCCAGGAUCAGUGGACCUGUCUUGAGGCCUAGAAGAAUGAGCUGUUCUGGCAGUAUCAUGUGGCUUCAGAGUCACCCAUUCCUUGGUCCUCUGUCUCCUCAACCCCACCUCUGUCCUCUGCUGCAAUGACCUCUGCCUCAGAGCCACUGAGAAGCUGAGCUCUACACGUGUCUUCUGCUCAGUCUCCGAAACUCUGGGUGCUGGUGACUGUGCAGCCAAGCAGGGCUGUGACAGAUGCACCAUGGGCCACUUUGCCUCGGGAUAUUGAAUGACUAAGGGACACUGAGGUUGAACCCCUUGUAGUCAGCUUGGAUGUUCCCUGGGAGGGUCAGGGCUUCUGCCCAGUGAGUUCCAUUUGUGAUGCCCUGUGAUUUCAGACCUGUUCUUAUCCUCCUCUUGGAGAAGGGCUUGGGUCUGCCCACCCUUCAUGUCUGGCCCGAGAACCAUAUGCCUGGCUCACCCCAUAUCUUGGCUGGGUUAACAGACUGUGGGAAGGUAGGGCUUAGAGUGUAUAUGCAGUCAUUUCUGAUGGGACAGGGACUGUAAUUCAGUCUCUGGAGUAGAACUGGUAGUCACGGGCAUAGAAUGAAAUGUAUCUGAGGGGCUGAGACUUAUUCUCUCUGGGCUGGUAGUGGCUUUCAUUGGUUCACGUUGGUGAGAGUAAGAAGUGAGGCAGUGUUGAAGACUGAGGCUUGUGGCCAUUGUGCCAAAUGGGUACCUUGCUGAAACACAGGGUUACAGUGUGCCCCCCCCCCCAGCAAAGGAAAACAAUGACCACUGAGACAGGUGGACCACUCAGCUGCGUGGGCAGCUCCUGCCCAGUUAGAAUCCCUCCAGAGACAUCAGAGUGCGGGCAUCAGAGGUGCCAGAGCUAUUGUUUUAUAAUGUCUGCUUGUGGCAUCUCCAGCUGCCUUACCCCCUCCUCACUGGGGAAGGAGAGUGCACUCAGCUCCGGGACUCUGUGUAGUUAAGUUCUGCCUGGAGCCCUGAAUCUGAGGUCCCAGAGCUUCUGCCCUCUGCUCUGGCUGUGUGUUCCCAGCCUGCGUUGUUUUGCUGAGGUUUCUGUUUGACUUGUUCAAGUCAGAUCUUUGAUUUUGAGCAAGGACCUUGGAGUGACUUGAAGCACCUUUUAAAUGCCUUUCAUUUGUGUGAAGGGGGAGGGGAUGGGGGAAGGUGUGGAGAGGGUGGGUGUGGCCGAAGAGAGGAAGAAAUGGACUUUAAGAUGUUACCCAGCCUGAGCUGGCGGUCCUUUGCUGCCCACCUGGAGCCAGGUGAUGGGGGCCAGGAGAUGCCGGAUGGGUUGAAGUCUUCUAGAACACUCCUUUGUUUUUUCAUUUCUGCCCCCUUGGAAGGCAUCCCAACCUGUUUUCAGUGGAUAGUCUGGGUUAAAUUCUAACCCGGAUUUGUGCUUUUUUUUUUCUUUUUGUGAUCCAUGCACCUCAUUUGGCUGCAGGCCCCAGGUUCACUGGAGCUCAUGUGUGCCCUGGAUCUCCUCUAAGAAGCAGCCCAGCCAGACUGGGCAUGCAACGGAAGCAGGGAGAACAGGGCCUCUGGAGUGAGGAAAGGAGGGCAGAGCCGACAGUUAGGGUGGGAUCACCCCUUUACACACUGCCCUGGAUUCCAGCCUGACGGUUCCUCCCUUCUUUGAGGGGGUGGGGAAUGUGUGCCGGGUGUGCAUGGUCCUCCUACUCGGAGGAAUGCUCUUUUCUACUCCUCUGUUAGUCAGGGUCACUUUAAGAGUCUUUGAGGUAAUCUUUGCAUGUUAGUGAGAGGGAGAAAAGUGCUCUCUGGAGAGAAAAAUAGUCUGGCCCUCCUCUCCCAUCUAGCACUCUCUCCCCUCCCCCCAUCCCUUCAAAUGGUAUCACCCUAGAAAUACCUAUGCAAUGCAGUCUCCCCAGGAGGCUGUGCAUGGAGGCAGGGGUAUGUGCAGUGUAUCAUACUGAUGCUAAGGCAUAUCAAUUGUAUAUACGGACAUAUACAGUACGUAUACAUGCAGAGUAAGAGAGUAAAUCACGUCUAUAUAUCUAUAAAUAAUAUCCUAUAUAUUUAUACAUUUUUAUGUUUUAAAUAGAUAUAAAAAUAGUCUAUAGAGCUGGAAGGGUGGCGGGGAAGCCUGGUGCUGGGUUGGGCUUGGGGGGAGGAGACAGGGCUCUGGAGAGGAGGUGGGGAUAAUGCGCAUCAGAAUGGGUUGCUAGCCACUGAGAUGGGGGCAUCUUUCUUGGGGUGUUGGAGAGGAGGGUGGCUGAGCCUGGGCUCUCUCUCCAUGCACUUUCUCUCCUUUCCUGCCAGCAAAGGCUGAGAUUGGAAGGAGAUAGCCCUGAGCUGCAUGCAACUGCAGUACCCUACCUCCCAGCACCACCAGCCUGCACUUAGCUGCUCACUGCUGCUUAGCAGUAGGGGGUUGGACUUGGUCCCUGACCCCCAGUGAAGGGACCUCUUGCACAAACUCCCCAAUACCCGCCCCUAUCAGGAGUGAGCAGCAUUGAUGGCAACGGGAAAGGGGCACCCGGGACAAACCGUGGUCCAGAACGAUGUCAGUCCCAUUUCCCAAUGCCUCUGCCUACCCCCUGGAGGCCAAGCCUCCCCUGCCUACCCCCUGGAGGCCAAGCCUCUGACACACAGUCCUGGCCUCCUUCACCCAUUUAACCACUGUCUCUAGAGCACUGGGAGCUGGGGAGGGCGGCGUGCACUUCAGGUGCACUUGAUGCCUUUCCCCAUCCAAAGGCCCCACCUGGUGGAAGAGAUAUAUCUGCACACUGACAUUUUCAAUGGCAACUCAAAUUCAGGAGCAGGGCCUUGGCCCACCCGACUCUGCACAGCUGCAGCAGCUGCUGGCUGUACUCAGGACAAUGUUGUCCCCUCUUCCCAAACCAACCAAGCAGCCCAACCACCUCCGCUGUGUCAGCAGGUUUAGGUUUAGUUCACAAACACUGUUCUCAUUCUGUGACCAGAUACCCAAACCCACUCUUUCUAGGGAGGGUAUCUUCUUCAGCUUGUCCCCAGGCAACACCUCCCCCCUCAAGCUGGGUAGGGAUGUCUGUGGUCCCUGGAAGUCCAGUCAGCUUGCUCCCAGCAUCCUCUAUUCCCUUCUCUCUCCUGGAAGUUGACAGGGUCUGAUGACAGAUGCCCUCCCUGCUCUCGAGGAGCAGCCUGCCUUUGGGCUCCUCAGACACACUCAUUUCCCAUACCGAGCCUUCGUAGGUCUCUCCCUGCUUCUCCUCACCAUCCUACCAACGGACCUCAGUCUCCAGCAGACCAGUCCCAUACCACAGUUGAGACCAGGUCUGCUCUGCCAAUGCCCGUCUCCUUGAGCCACAGCUAGCUGCCAACUGGGCUGAACACCUCCUAGUGCCUGGCUCAGUAGAGUUCAGGACCAAUGGCCCAAGCCUUCCUCCCACUACAAUGGGUCAGAGCUUGGCCAGGGGAUAGGCAUUCCCAGUAGCAAUCCCACAAUGCACUGUACCUCAGAGAGAGAGAGCAUGCCACAGGGCAUCUAGUGGACCAGUCUCCAUGCAGAGGAGGCAACGGCUCACAAUACUGCUCACGAGAAGACAAAGGCCAGGCUGUCCUAGGGCAUCCCUCAGUCUACCCUUUGGCCUCUCUGGAAGAACCAGUAAUCUUUUUCAGCCCUGAUCUCUCUCCUCCUCUCCACCCCCAAGCUGCUGAACCAUUUUUCAUGUCAAUCACAAAGAAAAAAAAAAGUGGGGGUGGGGGGGGACUCCUAGGAGCCUAUUACCACAUACAUAUUAAUAUGUUAAUACUUUCUUUAUUAAAAACAAUUCUCAAUGUUAUUAUUUGGCAGACUGUGCUUUCUAGUACCUGUGUGUUGGGGCUAGAACACUGGAUACAAAUAGAGCUAUGCUGGUUUAUAAUCUGUAUGCAGCGUCUUUCCUUUUGUCACAUUAUCCUUGUAAUGUAAGAAGAUUAUUAAUAAAAGCAUUUAAAUUGCCACCCCAA